UCAAAGUAGUGUGCGUGACUUUUAAUCACGUGGCUGUGUGUUCGAUGUCCACAGACGGCGAUCUUCAUUUCUCUUUUUACUGUUUUUUCUCUCUAAAUUAUGUAAAAAAGAAAAGCUCAAAAAGUAUUGUGGUUUUUGGCCGCCCAACCCUAAUAGCUUCGGGUCGAUUAAAAUAAAAACAAACCUAAUUGCCAACACGAAGUCAGAGUUGUCUCUGGGUGAACUCCGUCGUUCCUGGUCGUGAUCAACAUGGAGACCGCGAGCGAGGCAGGGAUGAGUAACACGGUGAUGUGUGUGUUAACAGACCCAGAAGGAACUCACUUAGGUUCUUCAAUGUAUAUUCCUCAGACUGCUGGUCCUCUCCAGCUUACUCAGCUCGUCAACAAGUUCCUCAACAACGAGGAUAUGUUGCCUUACAGUUUCUAUGUCUCAGAAACUCUGUGUUGUAGAGGAUGGAUUUAAUCAUCCCACAAGACCCAAGGAAUAGAAGGCCUGGCCCAGACCAAGGAAAGCGAUGGCUCGAAGAGUCGGCUUAAACCGGUUGAUUACUCGGCUUGCCUCUACAGUAUCUCGAGUCGAGCGACGCCGACUAAGAGGCACACAGCUCGGCGACCGCUCGGACGAAUGCGGGCCUCUCGGCCCAAUAAGGAAGGCCCACGAAGACGACUUAAGCUAGGUCAAGAACGACACAUCAGAGGGCUAUAUAAGGAGAAGGAAGAGAAACGAGAAGAGGAUCCGAAAUCAUCUGACUAACACUUGGCGGCUAGAUUAGGGUUUUCACCUUUGCUUCAUCUUGCCGGUAUCUGUACUUUUCCGGUAACUCAUCGAGUUGCCGGCUUCUCUUCUGUCGCAUUCUCUUUACUUCUCUUGUAACCGACUGAACGUCUUUUCCGACCAUAAUAAAACGUCUUUGUUAAACCCACAUCUCUUUAUCACCGUUUUCCGAUCAAACAGUUGGCGCCCACCGUGGGGCCUUUUUAGCAAAGUAACGUUAGUACUAUGGUUGUCAGCAACGACAGUUCUUCGUCUGGCGAGGAGCGCGAAGCCCUCGAGGUGAUGCCGGCUCCCGAGGUAACACCUACGCCUACACCAGUAACUCCGCUACCCCCUCCUGCGUCCAUGGAAACCAUCUUGGCACGCCUCGCCCUGCAAGAAGCGGCGCAGAAGGCGGCGGUCGACCAAAUCACAGCGAUAGCAAAAAUACUCGCCCCUAUCGCUGCAAACGCCGAAGCUUCAACGGCGCAGUACCGUCGACACCUGUUCGCCACUGAACGAACCACCAACGUAGCACCUGCGCGGGAUAACAAUUACCAGAGCGCCGGUAACAGCAACCAGAGCGCCGGUAACGACAUCAACGCAGACACCGCAAGCGAGCUAGCCGCGUUGAAACAGUCGGUCCUCGACAUCAACUCAAAGAUCCACCAGGUGACGACCUCGGCGCCCCAAAUCGAGCACGUACUCGCGGAAUCUCUUCGCACACCCUUCACGCAAAGGGUCACCGGCGUACGGCUCCAGAAGAUGGAGAAACUUCGUCUUCCAACCUUCAAGGGUCUCUCCGACCCUUCUACUCAUGUUACGUCCUUCAACAUAGCGAUGCGACGCGCAAAUCUGACCGACGAAGACAAAGACGCCGGCUUUUGCCAACUCUUUGUCGAAACCCUAGAGGGACCGGCCCUUACUUGGUUCACAGGCCUCAGAGAAAACUCCGUCGAUUGUUUCCACGACCUCUCGACGGCCUUCCUCAAGAAUUAUAUCAUGUUCACCAACCAAGAAACGACCGUGUCCGACCUGUGGAACCUCACUCAUACCAGCGGCCAAAGCCUCCGCGACUUCAUGGAAAAGUUCAAGGCUAUCGUCUCGAAAGUUGAUAUUCCUGAUCCUAUCGCUGUCGAGUCUCUGAUGAAUACCUUGCACGUUGACUCCACGUUCCGUCAGGAUCUCUACCGAUACCCGACGAAAUCUGUGUCUGACGCCAUCGCUCGCUCAAACAACUUCAUCCGCAUGGAAGAAGACACAAGAGCAAAGUUUGCAAAAGAAGCAGCAGCGAAACAGCGACCCGCCCGAACAAACGACACCCGCCCUGAGCCCCGCCAGCACUCCUCCGGUGGGAACACCACUCAGAAGCGAGGCUACGUUAGCUCGGUCGACGACGAGGAAUCGCCAAAGACAGCAGCCGUCACGCGAGAGAAAGCCUGGAACCACUGGGAUCGAGACUCCGCCUCGAAGCAAUCAAAGUCGUCCGAACCAGCGAGUUCAAACUCUGAGGAGCCAAAGAAAUGGUGCCUCUACCACAAAAGGGAUUCCCAUGAUACGAAAGAGUGCAAAGUCCUCAUCGGGCAAUUUUUCGACGGAAUUACCAACGGGACAAUUCAAAUGCCCACCUCUCCAACGACACCGAAAAACACCAAAAGUUGGAGUAAGAACAAGGAGAAGAAGGCACAGAAGUCUCAGCAGAACACGGCCCCUAGCGAGGAAAGAGCGAGCCCUGAGCGCACUCCUGUCAACAACGUCGGCCCCGCCAACGACUCAUCAGAAGACGAACAUCCGCGUCGCCGGCGACGAGUGGAAGUCAUACUCUCUCGCCCUUGUGACUCCUCUGACGACGACUCCUCGACAAUGCAAUCAGAUUUACGCGACAAACUGAACAGCAAAGUCGAGCAAUCUCUCACUUCCCCGACAACAGACAAAGAUCUGCGCACCCUAUUGAAGCGAAAGAACGCUACGAACGAACACGUCGGAAGCGCCGACCUCCGCGCGACCAUCUCAAAAUCCAGCGCCAGGAGAAUAGGUCAAAACGGCGACCUUCGCGACCAGCUCAAUUCAAAGGCCGAUGACCUGCGAAUCCAACUCAACCGUUCAAAAGGGUCCGAUCUGCGACGACGUCUCGAAUCAAAAAAGAAAAAGCCCGCAGAAACUCUUCAAUUCGAGAACACAACCGAUGACUUAAGGAAGCAACUCGAAUCAAUGCGAGCUACCCGCAAUCCGCACAUUAGCGUAAUCAUGGGAGGAUCACCUCCUUGCGGCGACUCAGUUCGAGCUGUCAAAGACUACAAACGACAAGCCACCACCUCCAAGAACUGGCCGCCUCCAGUCGAAAAUGAUCACCAGAUCACUUUUUCGGCACUGGAUACCAAGGGCGUCCAUACGCCACACAACGAUCCUCUCCUCGUCGACCUCGACAUCGGAGAAUGCCUAGUCGCAAAAGUCCUUAUCGACACCGGCAGCUCAGUCGAUCUCAUCUUUCGCGACACACUCGACAAAAUGGGAGUCGAUUUGAGAGAUAUGAAGCCUUCCUCUCGCACGCUCACUGGCUUCAACGGGGCCUCGGAGCAAAUGAUCGGAACAAUUCGUCUUCCAGUAUACGCAGGUGGUAUAACCCGUACCGUCAAGUUCUCCGUCAUCCGAGCCAAAGCACCCUACAAUGCCAUCCUCGGAACACCAUGGUUGCAUUCCAUGAAAGCCGUUCCCUCGACGUACCAUCAAUGCGUCAAGUUUCCCGGCAAAGACGGAAAAACACAGACGAUUCGGGGAGAUCAACAAGCCGCGAGAGAACUGCUGAUUGCAACUGUAAAGAUGCAGCAACAGGCUUCCCUCGUCAACUCCGUCAGUAAACCACUCAGCAAGAUAUACCCCCAGAAGGAGGAAGUUCGCGAAGUCGCAAUCGAUGAAUCCGACCCAACGAAAAUCAUCCGAGUUGGCGUCUACCUGUCCGACGACAUAUGUUCAAAGAUCAUCUCUUUCAUCAAAGACAACGCUUCAACGUUCGCCUGGAAGACCUCCGACAUGAAGGGGAUCGACCCCGCAGUUACCUCCCAUGAACUGCACGUCGACCCGACGUUCAAACCCAUCCGACAGAAGCGACGGAAACUCGGUCCAGAAAGAUCUAAAGCAGUGAACGACGAAGUCGACCGGCUCCUCGACGCGGGUUUUAUUACCGAAGUUCGAUACCCUGAAUGGUUAGCCAACCCGGUCGUCGUCAAGAAGAAGAACGGCAAAUGGCGCAUAUGCGUCGAUUUCACGGACCUCAACAAGGCAUGCCCAAAGGAUAGUUACCCACUCCCUCACAUCGAUCGUCUCGUCGAAUCAACCGCUGGUAACGAACUCCUAACCUUCAUGGACGCUUUCUCGGGCUACAACCAGAUCUUGAUGCAUCCCGAUGAUCGCGAGAAGACAGCAUUCAUCACCGACAGAGGGACUUAUUGCUACAAGGUGAUGCCCUUCGGGCUAAAAAACGCCGGUGCGACUUAUCAGCGACUCGUUAACCGAAUGUUCGCUGAUCAGCUUGGCAACACCAUGGAAGUGUACAUCGACGAUAUGUUGGUCAAAUCGCUCAAGGCCGACGACCACCUAAAUAACUUACGCGACUGCUUCAAGAUCUUGAACGACUAUGGGAUGAAACUCAACCCGGCCAAAUGUACCUUCGGUGUCACCUCUGGGGAAUUCCUCGGCUACAUCGUCACUCAGCGAGGAAUCGAAGCUAACCCCAAGCAGAUCUCGGCGAUUCUCGACCUUCCAAGCCCGAAAAACAGCCGCGAAGUGCAGCGACUAACGGGACGCAUAGCAGCUCUCAACAGGUUCAUCUCGCGAUCGACCGACAAGUGUCUUCCCUUCUACGAGCUACUAAGGGGAAACAAGAGGUUCGUCUGGGAUGAAAAAUGCGAAGAGGCGUUCAAUCAACUCAAGCAUUAUCUCACGACCCCACCCGUGCUAUCGAAGCCAGAAGCCGGCGACACACUAUCUCUCUACAUCGCCGUCACAUCCUCCGCCGUCAGCAGCGUAUUGAUUCGGGAAGAUAGGGGAGAACAGAAACCAAUCUUUUACACAAGUAAAAGAAUGACGGAGCCAGAGACGAGAUAUCCAACACUCGAAAAGAUGGCCCUAGCCGUCGUCACCUCGGCCAGAAAACUGCGACCCUACUUCCAGUCGCACACGAUCGAAGUACUGUCCAACCAACCACUCAGAACGGUUAUGCAAAAUACUAACCAGUCGGGACGGUUGACCAAAUGGGCGAUGGAGCUGAGCGAACAUGACAUCGCAUACAAGAAUCGCACAGCAGCAAAGUCACAAGUCCUUGCCGAUUUCCUGAUCGAGUUGACGCCAGAGCUGGAGCAAGACCUCAUCCUACCAAGUGUAAACUGGAUCCUCCACGUCGACGGUUCAUCCACGAGUAAAGGAUCAGGAGCAGGAGUGCAAUUGCAAUCACCAACAGGAGAACUCAUUCGGCAGUCAUUCAGUUUUGGUUUUGCGGCAUCAAACAACGAAGCUGAGUACGAAUCCCUCAUCGCGGGGCUCCGUCUCGCCAAGGCGGUGAAAGCCAAACGAAUCAGCGCUUACUGCGACUCUCAACUCGUCGUAAGCCAAUACCUCGGCGAUUACGACGUCCGCAACGAAAGGAUGGACGCCUACCUCAAACUCGUCCAGGACCUUACGCGAGACUUCGAGUUCUUCGAACUCACGAAGGUUCCUCGCGGAGAAAAUGUUUGUGCCGACGCCCUCGCCGCUCUGGGGAGCAAGCUACACGACCAAGUCAAAAGGACAAUCCCGAUCCACAAAAUCGAGAAACCAAGCAUCGACACGAAGGCAGAACAGGCCGCGAUAAUAGCAGCGAUCAACGACGCGAUGGACAUCGACGAAGCGGAAUCUCCCUCGCAAGAUGAUCACCCAACAGAUUGGCGCAAGGAACUCAUCGAUUACCUCGCGGAAGGUUUACUGCCCGUCGAAAAAUGGGACGCCCGGCGACUGAAACGACGCAGCACACACUACGUCGUCAUGGAUGGGGAACUACACCGAUGGACUGCAACAAAGGUACUACUCAAAUGUAUCGCCGGUGAAGAAACGAGACUCGUCAUGGCCGAAACACACGAAGGAGCAGCCGGCAACCACUCAGGCGGGCGAGCUCUCGCACUAAAAGUUAAAAACCUCGGAUUCUACUGGCCAACCAUGAACGCCGACUGCGAGACAUACGCGCGCAAAUGCGAUAAGUGCCAGCGUCACGCCAAAACCAUACACAGCCCAACGGAGUUUCUCCACACCUUGACUGCUCCAUACCCAUUUAUGCGAUGGGGAAUGGACAUCAUUGGUCCGAUGCCGGCAUCUCGGCAAAAGAAGUUCAUCCUGGUCCUCACCGAUUACUUCACAAAUGGGUUGAAGCCGAAGCCUAUGCCAGCAUAA